CCAUGUUUAAUAUAUAAGUUUGGAGUGAAUAUUUCAGUAAAAACUUUGCUGCUACUGGAGGCCAAAAAUCAUAUCACAUUAAUACCAUAGGAGCUAUAAUUAUUAUUCAUGCUUGGGAUAAAGAGGCUGUUUCCAAAUCCAUCCACACUGACACUCCUCUUCACAGAUACAAAAUACUAUAACAUACAAAAUAUUACAGGAAACCAUCAGAAGAAGCCUGUGAUGCAGAUUUCUUCAAGCAGGGCUAUUUAAAUUGCUUUAGCCUACUAGUUUUAAUGUAGGCUUAAUGUAGCAUAUGCAUUCAUUGUGCAGCUGUAUUAAGGAAAUAUAAACAAAAAUAUAAUAAAAAUUAAUACUAGAUGAGGUUCGGUAUUAGCCGAUACUCAAUAUUGAAGGAUUGGGAUUAAACAAAGUAUCAAACCCUAGUUUUGACUGAGCCCUAAUGAUAAAUGUUUAUUACAGUCACUUCUAACAGAGGAUCUUGCAUAGGGGCCCCAUCACACCUUGGGCCCCUGAUGUGCAUUUUCAUUAAAUAGGUCAAGUUUAAUACAAGACACAGGGACAUAUACAUAUACACUUUGCUCACACACGCACACACGAACGAAUCAAUGAAUUGAUCUGACAUGCACAUGCCAUUGACCAGUUGACCUCUCGUGCCCCUGCACCACGUGGACAGCUGAUCCUCUCUCAUCCUCCUUUCACUGCACCGGCGCGUGAUCUCCAUGGGAACGUCGUCACGCAGGAGGAAGUGAACAGGAGGUUAUUUGACAGUGAACUUGCUUUUAGCAUGGCAGCAAAGGUAAGCUGAUGGGUUUUCCACAUCAGUUUCUCCUUUUUCUGGGGGAGAUGUCGCCUUUUCGGUGAUGUGCUCGGUCCCGGGAGUGUCUCCUCCGGAGGUCUCCACCUGCUAGGAUGUCUGGCUGGAGGGCUCGCUAACUGCCGUGACUGGAACUUGCCCAGGUGUCAUCACAUGACUGAAAGACAGAUAACACCUGAAAAAGUUCGACAAAGGGAUACAGUCAAAACGCCAUAAAAAGCUAUCAGUUCUGCCUAGGAGGGCCGACCUCACUGAGUUGAAAGCCAUUUUUGAAAAGUAUGCCAGCAUCAAGAAGAAUGACGAGUACUUCAUGUCACCGCAGGAUUUUGUGAGCCGUUUCCUCCAUGCCCACACAGAUAUCCGGCUGUCGGACGAGGCCACAAAGCUGCUGGCUGGAGUGGUGGAUCAGAAGAAAGAUGGGUUGAUCUCCUUUCAGGAGUUUGUAGCGUUCGAGUCAGUGCUGUGUGCCCCAGACUCCCUCUUUAUGGUUGCUUUCCUGCUGUUUGAUAAAGCAGGCAAUGGAGUGACCACUUUUGAGGAUGUGAAGCAGGUCUUCAGCCAGACCACCAUCCACCAGCACAUCCCCUUCAGCUGGGACUGUGAAUUCAUACGGCUGCACUUUGGCACACAGAGGGACAAGCAGCUCAGCUACGGAGAGUUCACCCAGUUUCUUCUGGAGAUGCAGCUGGAACAUGCGCGACAGGCUUUUAUCCAGCGGGACCAAGCCCACAGUGGCUCCAUCUCAGCCCUGGACUUCAGGGACAUCAUGGUCACCAUCCGACCGCACAUGCUCACACCCUUCGUGGAGGAAUGCCUCGUGGCGGUUGCUGGUGGCAGCACAUCUCACCAGGUCAGCUUCUCAUUCUUCAACGGCUUCAACUCGCUUCUCAACAACAUGGAGCUGAUCAGAAAGAUCUACAGCACCCUGGCUGGCCACCGCCGAGAUGUCGAAGUCACCAAAGAGGAGUUCAUUGUGGCAGCUCAGAGGUUUGGCCAGGUGACACCCAUGGAGGUCGACAUCCUCUUUCAGCUGGCUGACCUGUCAGAGGCCCGUGGACGUGUUGGUUUAGUGGACAUUGAGAAUAUCGCUCCGCUGGAGGAAGGCGCCCUGCCCUACAACUUGGCUGAGGUCCAGAGACAGCAGUUGGGCAGUGACGGCUCCCGCCCUGUCCUCGUCCAGGUGGCAGAGUCGGCCUACAGGUUCACCCUUGGCUCAGUGGCAGGGGCCGUUGGUGCCACAGCAGUGUACCCCAUCGAUCUGGUGAAGACACGCAUGCAAAACCAGAGGAGCAGUGGCUCCCUGGUGGGAGAACUCAUGUACAAGAACAGCUUUGACUGCUUCAAGAAGGUGGUGCGCUACGAGGGAUUCUUUGGCCUUUACCGAGGUCUUGUACCACAGCUACUGGGUGUGGCGCCCGAGAAAGCCAUAAAGCUCACAGUGAAUGACUUUGUGCGAGGAAAGACCAGACAGAAAGAUGGCACAGUCCCGCUGGCAGCUGAGAUCCUGGCCGGUGGAUGUGCUGGUGGCUCCCAGGUGAUCUUCACCAACCCUCUGGAGAUUGUAAAAAUCCGUCUGCAGGUGGCAGGAGAGAUCACCACAGGGUCGAGGGUCAGCGCCCUGUCCGUCAUCAGGGACUUAGGCUUCUUUGGACUUUACAAGGGUUCCAAGGCCUGUUUCCUGCGGGACAUACCCUUCUCAGCCAUCUACUUCCCCUGCUACGCACACAUCAAGGCUUACCUCACUGAGGAGGACGGAAGGAUAGGGCCAGCCAAGAUGCUGUUUGCUGGAGCGCUGGCAGGCAUGCCAGCAGCCUCUCUGGUGACCCCAGCAGAUGUGAUCAAAACCCGGCUACAGGUGGCGGCACGUGCCGGUCAGACCACCUACAGUGGCAUGGUGGACUGUUUCUGGAAGAUUCUCAGAGAAGAGGGACCCCGGGCUUUCUGGAAAGGAGCUGGAGCUCGUGUGUUCAGAUCCUCGCCUCAGUUUGGAGUGACCUUGGUGACCUAUGAGCUCUUGCAGCGCUGGUUCUAUAUCGACUUUGGAGGACAAAAGCCGGCUGGCUCAGAGCCCACCCCCAAGUCUCGGAUCAGCCUGCCGGCGCCCAACCCCGACCACAUCGGAGGCUUCAGGUUGGCCGUGGCCACGUUUGCUGGCAUCGAGAGCAAGUUUGGACUCCAUCUCCCACGCUACACGGUGGCGACAGCAGCAGCGGCAGCCCCCUCCAAUGCAAGCACCCCCUGAACCUCCACGGGUGGGGGGGUAAGUGAAAGAGAGGGCUCGAAUGUUUUAAAGUCUUUGUUACUUAUUUAAAGUUAUUUAUGAUUUAAUCAUAUAUUUAAAUGGUAGUCUACAUGCAGCCAUAUGGAUUAGUGAGCCGAUCAGCAUGGGUACUCUUUGUAGGACUCAUGCAGUAUUUAUUUUACCUUUUGAUUGAUGUUGUAUAAAGUUGUAUUAUAAAGUGGUUUAUAUGUACACACAGGCAGCAGAAGGAAGAAAGUAUCAAAAACUACAUACAGUUGCAGCUUUUUCCAGUGUCUUCCUUUUGUUGCUUUAUAAGCAAAAGCACAUUCCUCAUGUGAUCAUAUAGCUCGUUAAAAAGAUUUGAUUGAUCAUAAAUGUGGCACUUCUGUAUAUACGAGAAAUCCAGAGACAUAUUUUCAUAUCUAUACGGCUAUUUUUGUCCUGAGUUGCUCUUUCAAUAGUGCGCUGAUUUGAUCGAAUGUAUCUACAAGAAUAUAACCAAAAAGUACUUGAAUGUAAAGACAUAGCAUAACAUUCUGCUGACAGCUGGCACCGACUGCAGUUCUGUGGUGUGUCAUGAGUGAGUAUUUAAAUUUGUUCAGUACAGAGAAUGUAGGAGUUACAUAUGGUGUGUGAUGAUAAUCGUGCCUUACUGUAUGUAUGGCAGCAACAUGUGUACUGAGAGUAAAGAGAAACUUAUAUUAGUAAACUGAA